AUGGAGGCCAGUGACAGAUCUUCCAAGCGGGAACUUUUUGCAACCAGAAAACAGAUCGAAGAAGCUGCGGAGGUGGCGGCUCGGCCCUCCCGUGAACUCGAGGAUUACUCCAUUUCCACAGUUCCUUACCUCGGAUCUCGUCCACUGUCAACGCUGAACAUGGGUAAGGAUGCUAGGCCGGAAAAACAAGGCUGGGUCAAUUUGCGCACCCAAUACGGAAAACCAACUCGCACAGUAUGGGUGAGACGAUGGGCUUUUUUGAAAUAUGGUAUCAUCGGAUGUCUUGUGCAGGGCUCUCGGACUGGCGGUGUCGAAGAGAGCGAGCGGAUCGGCGUGUUGCUGUGCAGCGUCCGUCCCGCUUUCCAAGAAGAACGUCGGUUCUGUUUCCAGGUCAAAACCAAGAACAGCACCAUAGUCCUACAAGCGGAAACACAAAAGGAACUGAUGGAGUGGAUUGGUGCCAUUGAGGCUGCUAAGCAGAAGGCCUUGGAGAAUCCAUCCAGCACUGACAUGUCAAUUUCUGGCAAAGUGACUGUUCAAGAUCCCGCAUUUUCAAUCUCUCAGCCUCCUGCGCCGGAAUUCACAGCAGACCCAACUGAUUCGUUGACGCCCCACACGGCCGACGAGCCAAGUAGCACCGAGCGCAGCUCAACCUUGCCUGUUCCUGAUCACGAGGCAUUCAGAAAGAGCUCUGAUGUGGGAGGCCGCAGACUCACUGGCCUGGACCAUGAGGGAUCGACCAGAGAUCACGCCCGGGAACACACGAAUCGAAUCAUUCAGAAGCUGGACCUUCAUCGCAAGUCUAAUAAUGCGGCGCCUACGUCCCCUUCCAUCCCCGGCCCGGCAAGUGGAAUAGCAAGUCUUAUUUCGGCUAGCCACAACGUUCUUCCCUACGCGGGCGCUGCUCCAGUCAAUCUGGCCGAGAAUGGCCAACAUAGAGGCCGCAGCCUGAGUAAUCUUGAGGAACCCGGGGCAAACCUGGCGCCUGGUACCCUUGCAAAUCCGCCUGCUCCAACAAGUAUGAGCAAAGCCGCCGUGGUCGUGAGUAAUGAAAGGGGCAUAGGGCUAGGGCACGUUGACAGCACGGGUGGAAUGCCUAGUGGUAUGAUGGCCAAUCUAUGGGGUAGCUCGAAUUGGGGUUUCAUCAAUAAGCUCCAACGAGAGAAUCCCGAUGGGGACCAUGAAUCGGUAUCAGAUCGACCUUCGUCGGUGAAGAGCGAUUCCUCACAAAAGACCUUUGCUGUGCACCCAGAUAAACCUACUGUUUCCUCCACCCCGGGCAGCCGAGCGGACCACGACACAGACAGACAGUGA